GGGACAGUGCAAAAAAUGUGCAGUUUGAGAGUGUUAUUCGUCAGCAUGUUCCUACCAGCUGGAUGUCAUUGCUCUUCGUUCCUGAUACUGUUCGUAACGUACGUGAGCAACGGUAGUGCAAAGGAGUCCGACUGUAGAUUUGGUAACGAGCUUCUCCAGAAGCAGCUGGACAAUCUUCAAAGCCAGUUCCUAAACCUCACCAAGCCCUCCGACCACUACAUCGAAUCCUGCCGAGAUGUCCGACCGCCGCAAUCCUCCGGACUGUUCCGGAUUCGUCUAACCCCGCAAGAUCCGGCCCCCUUUUCGGUUUAUUGCGAAAUGAUAACCGCCUUCGGCGGAGGUUGGACGAUCGUGCAGCACCGGUACGAGGGAUUCGUCGACUUCUACCGCGGCUGGCAGGACUACCGGGACGGGUUCGGCAUUCUCGGUGGAGAGUCGUGGCUCGGGCUGGAGCAGCUGCACCGGCUGACCGCGAGGGAUUCCCACGAGCUGCUGGUUGAGGUGAGGAACUCCUCGGGGAGUGAGCUGUACGCGCACUACUCGGAGUUUCGGGUGGGCAGCGAGGAGCAAAAGUACAGGAUUCUGAAGCUUGGCAGUUAUUCCGGAAGUGCCGGCGAUUGGCUGAGGGUGCACGAUGGGAAAAAGUUUACCACGUACGAUAGUGAUAACGACAGCGACCGGGAGAACUGUGCGAAGAACUUUCGUGGGGGGUGGUGGUUCAACCAUUGUUUUAAUAGCCACCUCAAUGGGGAAUAUUCAAAUGAGGGAAAAUACCACGGUAUCCGAUGGGACUCCACAAAACCAGCGAUGAAAUUCAGUAGAAUGAUGAUUCGAAAAAAAUAAUUCAAAUGAUCAAAAAUUGUGUAAUGAUCCUUAAUUUUCAAAACGCAAAAAAAUUGGAAUUUGUUUGAACUCGAAUAUAAU